GUCACUUCCUCCCUCCUCUCUCUCUCGCUUCCAUCUUGCUCCCCGCAUGUGUCUGCUGUUAGUGUACAGGUCAGUGAGGAGCUUUAAAUACCUUCUUCCCUGCACUGUUCCCCCCCGAUCCGACGGCGAGAGAUGAAAGAAGCAAUUAUGAAUCAAGAAAAACUUGCUAAACUGCAGGCACAAGUCCGCAUCGGCGGAAAGGGUAGUGCUCGCAGAAAGAAGAAGGUUGUACACAGAACAGCAACCGCAGAUGACAAAAAGCUCCAGUUCUCCUUAAAGAAACUUGGUGUCAACAAUAUCUCCGGCAUCGAAGAGGUUAACAUGUUUACAAAUCAAGGAACAGUCAUCCACUUCAACAAUCCCAAAGUGCAGGCCUCCCUCGCAGCCAACACCUUCACCAUCACUGGCCACGCUGAGACCAAGCAGCUGACCGAGAUGCUGCCGGGUAUCCUGAACCAGCUGGGAGCAGACAGCCUUACGAGCCUCAGGAGACUUGCCGAGGCUCUCCCCAAACAGGCUGCAGAUGGAAAAGCACCGAUUGCAACAGUAGAAGAGGAAGAUGAUGACGUUCCAGACCUGGUGGAGAACUUUGACGAAGCAUCCAAGGAUGAGGCUAACUAGAGGAAAAGGGACUCCCUGGAGUGUCAAAACUUGACAGGACCAUGUGGGGCACAAGAUGUUUUUCUGUCUAUUUUGAGAGGUGGAAUGUUAAUAGUUAAAGUACCUAACGUACCUGUACCAGUAACUGAGAAGAUGGAUAAUCUGUCAACCUUUGGCUGUGAGAAUUCUGUAAUAUGUGCAACACCUGAACAAAGUACUUGUAUACUCUUAAGUGAAUUAUUUUUGAAUAAUUUUCUAGAAUAGUACUCUGAAGUAUUAAAAAACGGGGGGUAACAGUAUUUAAACAUAAGGUAUUUUAGUACUCAUUCCACCUCUUUUUCACCAGAAUCUCCAAAUGCUUGUUGUGCUCUGUGGUCUGUAUGUCCGGUUAGAGUGAGAGAUUGUGUGUAAAAUGUGGUGUUUAAGGCUCCUGCUGUACAUCUGUUUCCUCAUGUUACUGAACCUUAAUUUCCUUGUGGCCUCGCUCAAACCACCAUAUCUGGAUAAACCUUUGCUACUGUCAAUAAAUUGCCAACAUUUCUGUGUUUCUUUUAA